AUGGUGUUUUUGCGCAAAAAUAGAUUUCCAGUUGGCACAUACAACAAAUUGAAGCCUCGCAAGUAUGGUCCAUAUAGGGUGUUGAAGAAAAUCAAUAACAAUGCUUAUGUGAUUGAGCUACCAGACGACAUGAAGAUUUCCAAGACUUUUAAUGUAGCUGAUUUAUAUGAGUAUCAUGUUGAAGAACCCCCCUAUCCAGAAUCGAACUCGAGGUUGAGUUCUCUCCAAGAAGAAGGGACUGAUGUAGAACAAAACGAUAUCUUGUCUCGUGUGAUUUAUUCCGCUGCGUCAGCUUCGUACGGUGAAUUUGCAGAUCUGUUAGAAGCACGCCCUGCUCAAGAUCUCACAACCAAUACAACACUUGAAUCUAAUAAUCACGCAUUUAGUCGAGCAAUUGAAAGGUACCGACCUGAUAAUGACAUAUUUGUUGGACGCGAAGAUGCUGAACAAGAGAUUGUAGCACGAUUGAUCAACAACAACGAGAAGAGCCUCCGCGUGAUUUCACUAGUCAGCGAAGAAGCAAUCGGAAAGACAACUCUGGCAAGAAAAGUUUACAACAAACUAGACAUUCGGCAGCAUUUCCAAUGCCGUGCUUGGAUCCAUGUUCCGAAAGAAUUUUCAUACAAAGAUGUAUUGCUUGUCAUACUCAGACAGACUCCAAAUUUAUUAAAAGACGUAGACCUAAUGAAGGAGAACGAACUCUCAAUUUUCCUUUUCGAGAUUUUAAUGGGGCUCAAGUUUCUAAUAGUCUUGGAUGAUAUCUGCACCAAUGAUGACUGGCUCAAAUUUGUGCGUCCCUUCGCAGACGCUGCGAAUGGUAGCAGAGUCAUAAUCACUACUCGUGACUCUAAGGUUGCAUCGGAGGUAGAUCUGUGGAGUCAUCCUCUCAAUUUGAUGCACUUAACAGAAGAGGAUACUUGGGCAUUGUUCUCGAACAAAGCGGGACCAGAAAAUAGGUCACAGAAUAAUUCAAACAAUGUCAAGGCUGAAAUUCUGAGGCUAUGUCGCGGUUUGCCUAUGGCAAUUGUCUUGUUGGGAGGCUUGUUGUCGCCUGUAGAAUUAAGCGAGUGGUCAACGGUCAUUGAUCAUCUCCUUGCUCGAUAUCAUCAUCAUUUCUUAAAAUGUAUUGUUGAUUUGAGCUAUGAAAAAUUGCCAUUUGGAUUGAAGCUUCGUUUUCUUUAUUUGGCUAUGUUUCCUAAAUCAUAUGAGAUUCCAACGCGGAGGCUAUUGCAGUUGUGGGUUGCUGAGGGUUUGUUCAAACAACGAAUAAACCAAGCAUCGACUCUCAAGAUAUGGUCAUGA